GGGGCGACACCUGCCUGGUGUCGGGGAGGCACUAGGAGUAGUAGUGCGCAGGCGCGGGGUGCGCCGGAGGCGGGGGUGGGGGUGUGGGAUGCGGAGGAAGCCGGGUGGCGGGGCUGCGGGUUUGUUUGUGUUGUGGGCGGUCCGCGCACAGCCCGGGAAAGGCGGGGAAUGGCGGCGCCGAGCGCGGCGUCCCGGCCCGCCGUGCAACAAAAGGGGCUAAUGGCUGCCGACCGGAGGCGCAGGAUAGUGGGAGCGUGUGGCAUGCAUCCUGACCACCAGGAAACUCUAAAAAGGAACCGAGUGGUGCUGGCCAAGCAGCUGUUGCUGAGCGAGCUGUUAGAACAUCUCCUGGAGAAGGACAUCAUUACUUUGGAAAUGAGAGAGCUCAUCCAGGCCAAAGUGGGUAGUUUCAGCCAGAAUGUGGAACUCCUCAACUUGUUGCCCAAGAGGGGCCCUGAGGCUUUUGAUGCUUUUUGUGCAGCGCUAAGAGAGACCAAGCAGGGUCACCUAGAAGAUUUGUUGCUCACAACUCUCUCUGGUCUUCAGCAUGUACUCCCACAGUUGAGCUGUGACUAUGACAUGAGUCUCCCUUUCCCAGUGUGUGAGUCCUGUUCUCCUCACAAGCAGCUCCGCCUGUCGUCAGAUGUGGUGGAACACUCCCUCGAUAAUGGCGAUGGCCCUCCCUGCCUCCAGGUGAAGCCUUGUACCCCUGAGUUUUAUCAGACACACCACCAGCAGGCCUACAGGUUGCAGUCCCGGCCUCGAGGCCUGGCACUGGUGCUGAGCAAUGUCCACUUCACCGGAGAGAAAGACCUGGAAUUGCGCUCUGGAGGGGAGGUGGACUAUAGCACCCUUGUCGCCCUCUUCAAGCUUUUGGGCUAUGAUGUCCAUGUCCUGCACGACCAGACUGCACAGGAAAUGCAAGAGAAACUCCAGAGUUUUGCGCAGUUACCGGCACACCGGGCCACAGACUCCUGCGUCGUGGUGCUCCUCUCGCACGGUGUGGAGGGCAGCGUCUACGGUGUGGAUGGCAAACUACUGCAGCUCCAAGAGAUUUUUCGGCUUUUUGACAAUGCCAACUGCCCGAGCCUACAGAACAAGCCAAAGAUGUUCUUCAUCCAGGCCUGCCGUGGAGAUGAGACUGAUCGUGGGGUUGACCAGCUAGAUGGAAAAAACCACGCCGGUUCCCCUGGGUGCGAAGAGAGUGACGCUGGUAAAGAGGAGUUGCUGAAGAUGAGAUUGCCCACCCAGUCCGACAUGAUAUGUGGCUAUGCCUGCCUGAAAGGAACAGCUGCCAUGCGCAACACCAAGCGGGGCUCCUGGUACAUCGAGGCGCUCGCUCAGGUGUUCUCCGAGAGGGCUUGUGACAUGCAUGUGGCUGACAUGCUAGUUAAGGUGAAUGCCCUUAUCAAGGAGCGUGAGGGCUACGCCCCUGGCACGGAGUUCCACCGAUGCAAGGAGAUGUCGGAGUACUGCAGCACUCUCUGCCGCCCCCUCUACCUGUUCCCAGGGUACCCUCCGACGUGAUGCUGCCUCCCUGUUGUCCAUGCUGUUGAAGAUGCCUGGAUCACGAGAGAAUGAUAGAACCUUUCGAUUCAGGACACAUGGUUUCUGUUCUGCCCCCUCAGGGAUAUGGGACUCUCCCAGGCAUGUUUCCUGCGGCCAUCAUCUCCGCGUUUGUGAAUGGGACUCUAGACCAGCCCGUCCUGUGUGAAGCACUCUCCUCUAGGGCCGGCUCUGGCUGGACUCAUUGCCAGGAAUGUUUCGGGUGCAGUCAAAGAACCUGGCAGGUGAUGUUGUGAAUGCAGUAUGAUCAUGGGGAGAGGGCAGGGGGUUCCCCAAUGUUUGUGUUAUUUCCGCCCCCAGGGCUUUUGUAGGGAGCAGUUUGGUCAUCACUUAUGUUAGUUGAGGAGGAGAUCACCUCCUUUCUGUUCUCUCUUUCAUUUCCCUGACCCCAUUUGUUCCCAGAGUGACGGUUGGGAAGGUGUCCCAAUGUAAUGUAGACGUUUCUGUUUGGCUUUGAAGAAGCAAGCAUGAGUAAGAUACACCCUGCUGCCGUGAGCAGCAGUGCCUGUGAUUCCUGCAGGACUGCCAGCCCCACAGAAGGACAGCCUUCGCGCUUCCACCUCAGUUCCUUUGGGCCCUAGCACCCAGCCUCUGAGCAGAGCUACAUCUGUGUGCCCAGCCCCGGAAGUCUUAAAGGGCUUCCUUAGUCACUCCCUGAGCUGUCCCAGAAACGAGCCCUGUGGAGAGUUGGCUGAAGGUGGGAAAGAAGGGCAUGCUUCCUCGCCCUCUCACCUUUCUCCUUCCUGCAAGGUGUCCCUCUCUCCUUACUUUUCACCUUAUAUCUGGAUUUCUAGAAGAACUUCCCACUUGUUACCGCUCUGAGUGUAAUGUUCUACCGUGUCCCAGCCUUCAGCUUCAGAAUCAGACCCCUUGGUUUUAUGUGGUCGUAGCUCCUCUUUAUCUCUGCUUCAGUGAAACCGUGCUCUUCUUUAAAGGCCUUCUGUUUCAUUUCUCUUCUUAUCCCACCAGUUGUGCUUUAUGUAAUAGCUUUUGGCUUUUAAAUACAAAUACAAUGCCACUGUCCUGCUUGGAACUCUUGGCUUCCCUUCUACACCUUGUGGACAACAGUCCUUACCCCUGGUUCAUGAAACCGGGCUUUGCCUUCCCCUCGAACCUCACUGACUUGAUUUCUCUUUAUGUCCCAGCCCCGGUGGCCUGGACUCAAUUUCUCUGACACUCUGAGCUCUCCAUGUCCACUGUUGUUGGCUGGGGAAGCGUCUUAUUCUUUGUCUUGUGGAGCCCUUCCAGGCCAUUUUAUCUGUGGACGGUCUCCUCUCUAUCACUGCAUCCUGGUUAAUUCCUGUAUUGCACUUAACGCGAUUUGUAAUUACAUAUAUGUUUAUUUUACUAGAUCAUUUUUUCUCCCCUACUAGGCUACAGGCUUUAAGAGGGCAGAAACCUGGCUCUCUUUGCAGUGUGUACCUGGUACCUGGCACUUACUGGUCCUGCAUAAAUGUUUGUGAAAGGGGAAAGAAAGAAGCACCCAACCAUAGCUACAAUCCUUUCUGACAGAAUGUCCCUUUUGACAUACAGAGUUUAGUGUUUACGCUCACGUUUCUCCAAGUGUUUUGUUUUCAUCCACUGGUAUCUUUAGCUCCUUGAAGAAGUGUCACGUGUGAGACAGCCUCCUUCACAUCUCUCAGAGUGCCUAGCAAAGUGCUAGGCCUGUAGCAGUCAAGGUGCUUGAUAAGUGUUUGUUCUGCAAGCCAGAUGGUUGGAAGACUUGCUGUCAAGUGCUGCCAGUAUAGGAUGGAUGGAUGUUGGUGAUACAACUUCCCCACUUUCCACUGCCAAGAUUUUUUUGUAUAGCUAUCAGGUGCCAAAUAAAUGUUCGUAUUUGUUA